UUGUCUGUGAUGUGUUGAUAUUGAGUUGACAGUUCCUGAUAUACGUCGUUGUUUGGUUUCUUUUAUUGUUGUUAGAAGUAUAUUUAUUUGUCUUAAACAUUUGUGUUUGAUGUGUGGCAUUUAUGUUUCUUAAAUUAAAUGUUAUAAACAAUGUAGUUUCCUAUAAGUGAUUUCCACAUGAAACACCAUUUCGAUGGGACAGAGGUUAUGUGCGUUACCUUGAAUUUGUUUCAUGCCGGGGUUAUUUUAUUUAGUUGAAGUUUUGUGUGAAGCUGAUACACAGACUGUUUGCAAUGGAUAUGACAGCAAAUUCACAGUUGGAUAUGCUGGUGGGAGGGGAGUUCGACAUGGAACUGAACUUUGUCAUCCAGGAUGCUCAGAACAUAAAGCACAUGUUGGAGCUGCUGGAUCAUUGUCCUCCAAACUUACAGGCGGAGAUAUGGAGUGUGUUUAUCGCCAUCUUACGCAAGAGUGUCAGGAAUCUACAGGCAUGCACGGAUGUCGGUCUGAUAGAGCAUGUGCUACACCGGCUCACCCAGGCCGAGACAAUUGUUGCAGACCUGCUGAUCGACAUGCUGGGAGUGCUGGCCAGCUACAGUAUUACCGUAAAGGAGCUCAAGUUGCUGUUUGGCACUAUGAAAGCUGUCAAUGGCAAAUGGCCCCGUCACUCGACCAAGCUGCUCAACGUUCUCAGACAAAUGCCACAGAGGAAUGGACCUGACGUUUUCUUCAGUUUUCCUGGGAAGAAAGGAUCAGCUAUGGUGCUGCCACCUUUGGCUCGGUGGCCGUAUGAGAACGGGUUCACCUUCACCACCUGGUUCCGACUAGACCCCAUCAACUCUGUCAACAUUGAGAGAGAGAAGCCAUAUCUUUACUGUUUCAAGACCAGUAAAGGUAUUGGCUACUCGGCUCACUUUGUGGGCAACUGUCUCGUGUUAACAUCCAUGAAGAUUAAGGGCAAGGGCUUCCAACAUUGUGUCAAAUACGAGUUUCAGCCCAGGAAGUGGUACAUGAUAGCAAUAGUGUACAUCUACAAUCGCUGGACCAAGAGUGAGAUCAAGUGCCUUGUCAACGGACAACUCGCCUCAAGUACAGAAAUGGCCUGGUUCGUCUCCACGAACGAUCCAUUCGACAAAUGCUACAUCGGAGCGACGCCGGAGCUGGAUGAGGAGAGGGUGUUCUGUGGCCAGAUGUCUGCCAUCUACUUGUUCAGUGAAGCGUUAUCCACACACCAGAUAUGUGCCAUGCACCGGUUAGGCCCAGGCUACAAGUGUCAGUUCCGGUUCGACAACGAAUGCCAUUUGAGUCUGCCGGACAACCACAAGCGGGUGAGUGGUCCCGGUACUGGCGACGGUCCCAGUCCCGGUCCCGGUCCCGGCAUGAGCCUGCACGCCGCCAAGACUGUGCUCUACGACGGUAAACUGUCCAGUGCCAUUGUGUUCAUGUACAAUCCUGUAGCGACAGACAGUCAGCUUUGUCUACAAUCUGCUCCCAAGGGCAACACAUCCUACUUCGUCCAUACACCACACGCUCUCAUGCUACAGGACGUGAAAGCUGUGAUUACCCACUCAAUACACAGCACACUCAACUCUAUCGGAGGCAUACAGGUGCUGUUUCCUCUCUUCUCACAGUUGGACUUGCCUUACGACUCCAUGGACGGUCGCAGAGAUCCUACCCUCUGUUCGAAGCUUCUGGGUUUCAUCUGUGAGCUGGUGGAGAGCUCUGCGACAGUGCAGCAGCAUAUGAUACAGAACCGAGGGUUCCUGGUCAUCAGCUUCAUGCUGCAGCGGUCCUCCCGAGAACACCUCACUCUGGAGGUCCUAGGCUCUUUCCUGGGUCUCACCAAGUACCUUGUCACCUGCCUUAACUCCAACAGCGAGCUGCUCCUCAAACAGUUGUUUUGUUUCUCGUUCCUGACGUGGCAGCUGUUGGAUCAUGUGCUGUUCAACCCUGCACUGUGGAUCUACACGCCCGCUGCCGUCCAGACCCGCCUCUACUCGUACCUGGCCACGGAGUUCCUGGCAGACACACAGAUAUACUCUACAGUCCGACGAGUGUCAACUGUGCUCCAGACUGUACACACUCUCAAAUACUACUAUUGGGUGGUCAACCCUCGGGCCAAGAGUGGCAUCACACCAAAGGGUCUGGACGGACCAAGACCAGCCCAAAAAGACAUCCUGGGAGUAAGGGCAUACAUCCUACUGUUCCUCAAGCAGCUGAUGAUGGUGGGCCAGGGCGUGAAGGAGGAUGAGCUACAAAGCAUACUGAACUACCUGUCUACUGUCCGUGAGGACGAGAAUUUGCAUGAUGUCGUCCAGACCCUCAUAGGUUUGAUGAGUGACCAUCCAGCUGCGAUGGUGCCAGCGUUCGACAUGAAACAUGGUGUUCGCACUGUGUUCAAACUGUUGGCGUCGGAGAGUCAGCUGAUCAGGCUGCAGGCGCUCAAACUCCUCGGCUUCUUCUUGAGUCGCAGCACACACAAGAGGAAGUAUGACGUGAUGAGUCCUCACAACCUGUACACUCUGCUCGCCGAGCGAUUGUUGCUCAAUGAGGAAACGCUCACGUUGCCAACGUACAAUGUUCUGUAUGAGAUCAUGACAGAGCACAUCAGCCAACAGAUCCUGUACACAAGGCACCCAGAACCAGAAUCCCACUUCAGGUUGGAAAACCCUAUGAUACUGAAGGUGGUGGCUACCCUUAUACGACAGUCCAAGCAGACAGAACAGCUGUUGGAGGUAAAGAAGCUGUUUCUCUCAGAUAUGACGUUGCUGUGCAACAACAACCGUGAGAAUCGCAGGACUGUACUGCAGAUGUCAGUUUGGCAGGAGUGGCUGAUAGCGAUGGCUUACAUCCACCCCAAGAGUUCUGAGGAGCAGAAGACCUCGGAUAUGGUUUACUCCCUGUUCCGAAUGUUGCUGCACCACGCUAUCAAACAUGAGUAUGGCGGCUGGCGUGUUUGGGUUGACACAUUGGCCAUCGUACAUUCCAAGGUGUCGUACGAAGAGUUCAAGUUGCAGUUUGCCCAGAUGUACGAACAUUACGAACGUCAGAGGUCUGACAAUAUCACAGACCCCGCCUUGAGACAGCAGCGGCCCAUAAGCACCAUCUCCGGGUGGGAACAUCAGGCGUCGAGACCUAUCCUCACGUACCAGAACACAAAUGGAGAGAAAGAAGAAAUUACGCUUAGGGAGCCAGAGCCGCUUUGUAGUUGUGAGAGAGACACAGAGACACCUGAGAUGUCCGUUAGUCCCAUCCCUGGAGAACAGCCCCCAGCAGUAGUAGAGUCCUCUGUCCCAGCAGCUUCUCCAGCACUGUCCAUCCUGGGUUCUGAGACAGCACAAUCAGUGGGAAGUCUGCAGAACGGGUUGGAGGAAGAGGAGGAGGAGGAAGACACUUUGGUUGUCACACACACCGGUGUCAUCAUCACAGAGCUUUUCACUGAGGAGCCUGUGCCCGAGGAGGUGCCUAAGACAGAGGCAGACCUAGAGAGUGCAGAAACCGUUGAAGAGGACAAAGAAGAAGAUUUCAGAGAGGUAGAAGAAGUGGUGGAGAGAGAAGAUGAGGGCAAGGUGAUUAUUGAGAAAAAAGAAGUGGAAGAAGACAAUAAGGAUGAAGAGGAAGUUAAAAAUGAUGAAAAAGACGAUGAAAGUACUGUGAUCAGUGCUACAGAAAUACCUUUACCUGUUGUUAAUGUAGCUGAUGAAAUUAGUGACAGUGACGAGAGGACUUUAAGUGUAGAAAUCGAAAGUAGUGAAGUUGUUUUACAGAGUGAUGUGAGCAAACUGAUCGAACGUGAAAUCGUUGACAGUGACACUUCCGAAGCGUACUUAACACCGACAGAACGCGAGAAUGAUCCGGUGGUAAUUUCGCAGAGCAUUUCUGACAAAUUACCUGAGUCCGUCCACUUGCCGGAGACUCGUGAGUCUGGUGAAGACGAUCAGGAGCACGGUGAUAGCAGUAGUGAUAGAGCCGAGUUGCCCGUUGUUAGUGAAAGUUGCUCAAACGAAACGGAAGAACAAUCGUGUGACAUUACCAAUGUGAGUCCUGUGAGUGAACAUUCCGAACAGGAGAGUAAAGAUCCGUCCAUAGAUCAGUCUGCGACCACAUUGAGCGAAGAGAAGCCUGCAACAGAGGAAGUUGAAACUGCCGAAACAGAGGAGAACAGCACUGACGUAGUACCCACUCCAAUUACCCAGAUAACACCAUCGAUAACUGCACAGGAUAGUCCACAACAUGUUGAGCACGCUGCCGUAGCCAACGUGAAACCUGAAACUGAGGAUGACACAGUCGACACUAUCGAAAGUCCAGAAGUGCGUAUGUCACCUCAGAAGCGACCCCAUAGCACCUCCAUGUCCACACAAGUUGAGCCCAUGCAUUUCCAUGAAGCCAAGAGAGUGAAGAGCAACGGCAGCCGGCCAAUGUUCAGCCCUGGCCCGUCACGUCCACCGUUCCGGAUUCCGGAGUUCAAGUGGUCCUACAUCCACCAGCGGUUACUGUCCGAUGUCCUGUUCUCCCUAGAGACUGACAUCCAGGUUUGGAGAAGCCACUCGACCAAGUCUGUGCUGGACUUUGUGAACAGCAGUGAGAAUGCCAUAUUUGUGGUGAACACCGUACAUCUCAUCUCCCAGUUGGCAGACAACCUCAUCAUAGCCUGCGGUGGUCUUCUGCCUCUACUAGCCUCGGCAACCUCUCCCAAUAGUGAGCUGGACGUGAUGGAGCCCACACAAGGCAUGCCAGUCGAGGUGGCUGUGUCGUUCCUGCAGCGGCUGGUCAAUAUGGCUGACGUCCUUGUGUUUGCCAGCUCCCUCAACUUCGGCGAGCUCGAGGCUGAGAAGAACAUGUCCAGUGGCGGUAUUCUGCGUCAGUGCCUCAGACUGGUGUGCACAUGUGCUGUACGGAACUGCCUAGAGUGCAAGGAGCGAGGUCGCCCUUCACUGCCUACACAACACAACAACAAGACUGCCCACCUGCAGUCCCUCAUCAGAGGUGUUCAGGCCUCCCCCAAGAAUAUGGUAGACAAAUUGUCAAACCAGUCAACUCCAGUGAAAGACCCAGAGAAGCUACUGCAAGACAUGGAUGUCAACCGACUAAGAGCGGUUAUAUACAGAGAUGUGGAGGAGACUAAACAAGCACAGUUCCUCUCACUCGCUAUUGUCUACUUCAUAUCCGUGUUGAUGGUGUCCAAGUACAGAGACAUACUGGAGCCUCCUGUGGCAGUCCGAGCUCCCAGUCCGCCACUGCCCUCCCUGCGGACCAACGGUACUCACCCCGCCCACCCUGCCACUGAUAGUCCACCAGAUUGCAGUGGAGCGAGACCUCUGUUUCCACAAUGGUCCCACCAUGUGUACCCCCAGUUUCUACCCAAUUCCCACCCCAAUGCACCCCCUGCCCCUUCCCACCUUCUCCGUAACAACAAUAACAAUAACAUCAACAACAACGGCAAAGCUAUCCGGUACCCUGGGCUCUCGCGGCAAGAGGAAGGAGAAUGUGACGUGAUAGUCGUGGACGGAAACAACUCCUCAGUAUUCACAGACAGAGACGAUGUUGUUGGUCCUCAGUCCAUCAAGGCACACGCUCCAUUCUCCCACUCUUGUUAUGACUUGGACGACUCGAGGUUUGCGCGUAACACAUCCCGACAUCACGUCAUCAACCAAAACACCAAGAGUAUCGGGUCCGUGGAGGAAGUGAUCUCGAUGAACUCGCAACCAGCGUCGGAUGUAGACAGCAAUACAACAGACGACAACAAGAACACCAACCUGACCACUAACGAUGAGAGCUGGACAGACGUCAACCUCAACGAGGACACUCAGCACGUCAAUGAAGACCCCAGGAACAUUCACAACAUGUCGCAUUUCAGAGGAAGCCUGGACUCGGAAGGGAACUUGCAGCGGGGGGAGAAGCCCCGGGCAGAGAUUAGUGUGGUGCGAGUGCCACCCAGUGACCCUCCAGUACCACCUUGCCCAGAGGAACUGCCCAUCAAGAGUGUGCCACUUCCCAUGCCAGUGCCCACCCCCUCCAGAGAGGCCUCCCUCACCCAGCAGUUAGAGACAGCCCUGGGUUCUGUUUGUCCUCUGCUUCGGGAAAUCAUGGUGGACUUUGCCCCCUUCCUGUCCAAGACUUUGGUUGGCUCCCAUGGCCAAGAGCUGCUCAUGGAGGGAAAAGGUCUGACAACAUUCAAAAACAGUCAUUCUGUGGUGGAGCUGGUGAUGCUGCUGUGCUCGCAGGAGUGGCAGAACUCUCUGCAGAAACAUGCCGGACUGGCUUUCAUUGAGCUCAUCAAUGAGGGCAGGCUGUUGUCACAUGCUAUGAAAGACCACAUAGUCCGGGUGGCCAACGAAGCUGAGUUCAUCCUCAACAGGAUGAGAGCCGAUGAUGUGUUGAAACAUGCCGACUUUGAGUCGCAAUGUGCGCAAACACUGCUGGACCGGCGGGAGGAGGAGCGGAUGUGUGACCAUCUCAUCACAGCGGCGCGCAGGAGAGACAAUGUGAUAGCCGGCCGGCUGCUGGAAAAGAUAUGUAACAUUCUGUCCAACAAACACGGAGCCUGGGGCUACACGGAUCCCACACAUGCCAGACAAGAGUUUUGGAAGCUGGAUGCAUGGGAAGAUGAUGCAAGAAGAAGAAAGCGUUUUGUACACAAUCCACGAGGAUCGAGUCAUCCUCAGGCGACUCUGAAAGCCGCUUUAGAACAUGGAGCUCCUGAAGAUGCAAUUUUACAGGCUAGAGAAGAGUUCCACGCACACCUGGCUGCGUCCCACUCCCAGCAGUCCCAGUCCACCGACCUCAUGGACGACAGUGAACUGCUCACUGAUGACAGGGACCUCGAUGUUGAUCUGACCGGGCCGGUAAAUAUCAGCACCAAGGCGCGACUGGUGGCUCCGGGUCUCGUGGCUCCCGGAAUGAUAUCUAUCACCUCAACGGAGCUGUACUUUGAAGUGGACGAGGAGGAUCCAGAGUACAAGAAACUUGACCCUGAGGUGCUGAAGUACUGCGAUCAUCUGCAUGGCAAGUGGUACUUCUCCGAAGUUAGAGCCAUCUUCUCGCGGCGCUACCUGUUGCAGAAUGUCGCCAUCGAAAUCUUCCUCGCAAGCAGAACGUCUCAUGUUCGCCGUUCCCCGACCAGGCGACGGUUCAAGAGGUCCAUCAAGGCCUUGCCCAGAGUCGGAGUCGGCAUCAAAUAUACGUACCAAUUGUUGCAGGCGAGCGUCGAUGAGUCCGCUCGCCAGUUGAUGAGGAACUCAAACAUGACACAGAAGUGGCAGCGUCGUGAGAUCUCCAACUUCGAGUACUCCGGCAUGUUCCUCAACACCAUCGCUGGUCGCACAUACAAUGACUUGAACCAGUACCCUGUGUUCCCGUGGGUACUCACCAACUACGAGGCUAAGGAGUUAGACCUCAGUCUACCUAGCAACUACCGGGACCUGUCCAAGCCGAUUGGAGCACUGAACCCUAGUCGGAGAGCCUACUUUGAGGAGAGAUACAACAGCUGGGAGCAUGAGAGCAUUCCUCCCUUCCACUACGGCACCCAUUACUCCACCGCAGCAUUUGUGCUCAACUGGCUUAUCAGAGUGGAACCUAUGACCACUAUGUUCUUGGCCCUUCAGGGAGGAAAAUUCGACCAUCCAAACAGACUUUUCUCCUCAAUCGCGCUCAGCUGGAAAAACUGUCAAAGGGACACCUCCGACGUAAAGGAGCUGAUUCCGGAGUUCUUCUUCCUCCCAGAGAUGCUGGUGAAUGUGACCGGUAACCGCCUGGGCCAGCAAGAGGAUGGCACAGCAGUGGGCAGUGUGGAGUUGCCGCCCUGGGCGUCCUCACCAGAGGAGUUCAUCCGCAUCAACCGGAUGGCUCUGGAGUCAGAAUUUGUAUCCUGCCAACUUCAUCAGUGGAUAGAUUUGAUAUUCGGUUACAAGCAAAGAGGACCCGAGGCAGUCCGAGCUUCCAAUGUAUUCUACUACCUCACAUACGAGGGCAGUGUGGACAUGGAAACCAUUACUGACCCUGUCAUGAAGGAGGCUAUUGAGAACCAGAUCCGAAAUUUCGGCCAGACACCUUCUCAACUGCUCAUGGAACCUCAUCCUCCUCGCAGCUCUGCCAUGCAUCUGAGCCCAAUGAUGUUUUCAAGUGUUCCUGACGAUAUUUGUAUGACUAUGAAGUUUCCGUCCAACUCACCGAUCUGCCAUAUCUCCGCUAACACAUAUCCACAACUGCCUUUGCCGUCCGUUGUUACGGUCACCAUUAACCAACAGUUUGCGUUGAAUCGGUGGAACUCCAAUUAUGCAGCUACUGUCCAGUCGCCAAGUUAUGCUGAUACACCACAGAACCAGGCGGCUAACCUGCCCCUGUCUAUGGACCCUGUCUUGUUACAAACUGGUAACAAUAACAAUGCAGCUGUCAGAAGACACCUCGGUGACAACUUCAGCCAGAAACUGCGAAUACGCAGCAACUGCUUUGUCACGACUGUGGACAGCCGAUUCCUCAUUGCCUGUGGCUUUUGGGACAAUAGCUUCAGAGUCUUCUCAACUGAGACUGCCAAGAUCGUGCAGAUAGUGUUCGGCCAUUACGGUGUUGUGACGUGUCUGUCACGCUCUGAGUGUAAUAUUACCUCAGAUUGCUACAUCGCCUCCGGCUCUGCUGACUGCACGGUGCUGCUGUGGCACUGGAACGCUCGCUCACAGACCAUCGUGGGCGAGGGUGAAGUGCCUACGCCGCGUGCCACUCUUACUGGUCAUGAACAGCCUGUUACCAGCGUCGUCAUCAGUGCAGAGCUGGGUCUUGUCGUGUCUGGUUCUGUUGCUGGACCAGUGCUGGUACACACAACAUUCGGUGACCUGCUGCGUUGUCUGGAGGCCCCCGUAGGCUUCAUCAGUCCCGAGAGUAUCGCCAUGUCGAGAGAGGGUGUCAUCGUUGUCAAUUACGAGCGAGGCCACAUCGCAGCUUUCACCAUCAAUGGAAAACGGCUGCGACAUGAGUCUCACAAUGAUAACUUGCAGUGCCUGCUGCUGAGCAGAGAUGGAGAGUACCUGAUGUCUGCUGGCGACAAGGGCAUCGUCGAGGUCUGGCGAACGUUCAACCUGGCGUUGCUAUACGCCUUCCCCUCCUGUGACAGCAGUGUGCGUUCCCUAGCCCUCUCUCAUGACCAGAAAUUCCUGUUGGCGGGUUUGGCCACUGGUACCAUUGUCCUGUUCCACAUUGACUUCAACCGGUGGCACCACGAGUUUCAACAGCGUUACUAGGUUUUCGCCAACUUCUGGAGUUAUCCUCCAUGGACACGCCCUUGGAACUAACCCCAGAACCCUUUAACCUCUUGCACUUGAACGUUUUCAGUUACAAACAUUCCACUUGUUUGCGAUAUUAUGCAGGGUAACACUCAAAUGGUUGCUAACUUUUUUGGUGUAUUUAGUUAAGUCUGACCUAAGAUUUGAAGUCGAGGUCAUAUGAUGUGACUUAAUUUGCUUAACAACAGAAGUCUUUUACUGUGCUGUGAUUGUAAAAGUAACUGUACUUAUUUUAGGCAUUUCAGAACUUGUUAUGCAUUUAUUUUUAUAUCAAAUUUUUACUCAAUGUACUUAAAACAGUUUUUUGUUGAAGUGUUCUCCUGCUUUUCUUAAAAGAUUUUUAUAGAGGGUUAAUAAUCUUUAGCUUGGAUAGUGAGAAGAAAAGAGUUGUGAAAAAAUAGAAUUAAAUAUUUACUGUAAAAAUUUUAUUUUUCAAAGGUUUAUUUUUUAAUUGGGUCUUUUGCAAUGCAUUAAUAUGUCCGGCGCAUUAUUGUUUAGUUGCAUAUUUUGCUUCUUCACUUUAGAAAAACAUAAUUGCAAACUGUUGUGAAGUGUGUCAAAUAUUACGAGGUUGUGCAAUAUAAACUUAACUAUUGUAGAGCUUCUUCCAUUUGGAAAAUUUCAGUAUUUUAAAAUAUAGUUUUAUUUAUUUCAAAUAUGUAUUCUAUAUAAUGUUUAUUUUAAUAAGAAACUAUUUAUAAUAAAUAAUAAUGUAACUUGGGUUCAGUUUUGUAUUUGUAACUAAAACAUAAUAAUGAUAAUAGUAAUUUUAUAAUGUAAGUGAGUAUUGUGUUAUGAAUUUUCCUUUAUGUAUCCAAGUUAAAAAUAUAUCAGUUUGUUUAUUUUUCAUAGAUUUUAUUGUUUUAAUUUUAAUUAUAUUUUAUUGUUUAUACGUAAGAUAGUUUAUAUAUUGAAUAAAUGUACUUAAUAUUAUAUGUUUUAACAUGUAUAGUAUAAUUUAGAAUCCGUUCAAAUAAUUAAUGAACAUAUUUGAUUACUGUUAUUUACAUAAUGUACACAUAAUCACAUUAUGUAUAAAAAUACUUAGCCACAAAAAUCAUAUACAAAUAAUGUCUUAGCUAAUUUAGUUCUGAGGUACUUUUAUUCUUGUUGCCUUUUAAUUUAAGUUUUUGAAUGCUACACCAAGUUUAUCACACCAAUGUUAUUCUGUUGUUUAUUGACUGAAUAUUUAUUAAUCAUUUGGCAUAUACAAUAAUGUAAACGUACUUUUGUUCAUAAAAUUGCACUGAUUUUAGUAACUAAAAUUGAACAUACUUUUAAGCAAUUUGUAUAUAAUUCUAGAUGAAAAGAAAUGUGAACAAAUGAUAGUCAAUUUUGUGGAAGUGUUAAAUUGUUGUUUCAACAGUCCUCAAAUUUAUUUAGUGUAUAAAUAUACAAACAUCUUCACCACUACAGUAAUUGUACUGUAUGGUGAGAUAAAGAUUGGAGUAUGUGAAUGUAUGUGGAUGUAAUAAAAUGGAGAAAUUUAUUAGAAAAGUUACUAAGUAAAUUCCGUCUGGAGUUGACUUACCGUUUAUUUAUACCAGGAGUACCCUCUACACUUUGCUGUUUGCUUUAAUGUUUGUUUAUGUCCUAAAAUAAUUUCUAUAUUUAAUUAAACGUAUAUAUUUCACACUCACUACACUGUACUUACGAAUAUGAUGUAAGUUACUUGUAGGGUUCUCGUAAGACGUAGAGCCUACACCACCCGAGAAAGUGUCUAACCAACAGUGUAUCAUGUGCCAAAUGUGGGGCAGUCUCUUGUACAUAGCACUACUACACCGGGACUGUCAACUACUGUACCAACUUAGUCUAACGCGAUUUGUACUUAUCUUUGCAAUCCAGAAAGUGCACGUGAACAGGUUUUCUAUCGUAGUCAUAUUCAGUUUCUUUAGUUCCACCAAUUUUGUACACAGUUACAAAGUUCACCUGUAUAAUACACAGAACCAGUAUAACAGCAACCGUGUUGUGAUGCACAUCCCUCCAUAAUGUUGUUUACUGUGUUGUAGGUGACACGUGUUAGCUGCACACAACACUUGCGUAUUGCAGGACCAAUGUUAUUAUGUUCUCGAACCCGUUGAAAGUCAAGCAAUACAACUUAGGUGUACUAACAGUUUCAUAAACAUUAACAUAUCUUGUUUUUUACGUAUACCGUUUUACUUAACAACAGUUUAAAACUGUUUCGUUUACUAUAAAUUUUAACACAAGUCCUAAAAUAUAUUGUUAAACAUUGUAUUCUAAGAAAUAUUUUACAACACAUUAUUAGUUUUAUAAAUAAAUUUCUCUCACGAAAAUAAGGUUUAGCUUGGUUCUUUGGAACUUUAAGGAGCCAUUUUGGUUUUGUAACACCAUCUUCCUAAGGGCAACUUUUGUUUGGUAUCUAUGUCAGAGGAAUCUUAGGGAAUAUGGGCGUAGAACAUUUUCUGUAGCUCCUGCACGAUUUGAACUCGGGAACCCUUGUAUCAUAUGCUUACAGACUAGCCAAUACACUAUGGCUUCUUUGAUUACUUUUCAUAAUUUUUUAUAGAUGUAUCGUGUAAAAAUGCUGGUAAAGAUCUUUUGGCAGAUUCAUAGAUUCAAGUUUGAAAACCAGCAAUAUUUGUAAAUUUGAUUCAUUGUAGUAGCAAAUUAAAAUAAGACUCAGUAUCUGGCACCAAUUUUUUCAUGCAAAAAUAUCAAUGACAUUAUUAAAUUACCAAGGCCUUUUUUUAAUAAUAACAUUAAAUGAAUUCAAUUUAAUUAUUUUAUUUUAUCUUUUUUAGGAGAGGCCUAUCUCUUGGUUCUCACGGCAAAAUUGUUAUACACUUAACUUUUGUUAUGUUAUUGGUCAAAAUUCCGAUUUUUGGGAUCCUCGAGUUCUAUCAGAUAUUCAUGUGAACUUCCUCAUCUGUAUGUUAGAGUCAAUCUCAACAAAAUAAUGCUCGAAGGAAAAUGAAUCCUUAAAAUUGACAAAAUACCAAAAAUACCUUUUUUUAAUGUUAUAUUUUUAAAUGGCACAUCAAGAUGGUAAAAAAGUUUAGUAGUACGGUAAAUGUGCCAUAUUGACAGCUCUGCUGCAAGCCACUUAUUUUUUAAUCUUUUUUAAAUAGAUGAUUUUUGUAAGUACAUGUGGUAACCGUAAGUUAGUUUCACUUCAACUAUUACAAUCUGUACAUUCCAUGAGAGUUUAAAUAUAUAAUUAUUCAUGUUGCUUCCUUUUUUCGGAAUGAAUGGUUACAUUGCAAUGCUUUAUGUGGUUAAAUGGACAAUUAUGAGAAUUAGAGACAUAGGUAUUAUUCUUCAUCUAAGUCAAAGACUUAAGGGUCUUUAUGAUCUGUUUGUUCACUUCCUAAUUCUAAUUUUGCCUUAUAUAAUAAAAAAAUAAGAAGACUUUUCGUUUAAAUUAAAAUGGAAAGAGAAUUUCGCAUCAUUUAUUUCUUUCGUAUUGUGCAAUUUCCAUAGUAUUAACAUUUUGAUGUUGAAUUAUAAUAUUUUAGAAGUUUUUUGCACAUCUCCCAAUGAUAAAAAAUUUGUCAUCCAGUUCUUUUUCAUGUGAAAACUGCACUAUUAGUACGUUUAGUUAGUUGUAACAUAUUUUCUGAGUUCUGAGGCCCGGAAUAGAAGUCUGUAAAAUACGAAGCACAAACACUUAAAAUACUUAAGAAAGACAGAUCAGAAAGAUCUGAAAGCCCAUCUCCAAGACACUGCACUCAGAUGAUGAUAGCAUAGACUAGAGUGCUUGUAUAGAUAUGUAGUAAGCAGCUUCGGUGUUAUGUUUCAGUUUAAAUUCUGUGCCCUCAAUUUGUUGAAUAGUGUUAGAAAAAAAUCCAAGAACGCAUUUUAUAUUGUUUUUAAGUAUACAAAUUAAAAUACUAUUUGAACUGUUGUGGAUUUCUCACAAAUUUGAAAGCCUCCGUGAUUCAGUGUUUACAUUGUAAUUAUGAUAAAUGUAUAUAGAGACUUUUUAUGUAAUCUCGACAUCAAUAUUAAUUUUACUGUUAAGUUGUGUAUCAGUUAUAGAACAGUACAGUUGUAAUAUAGCUGAAAAUGUUAAUGUUGUUUUCAAAAAUUUGGUCCUUAUCGAAUUUUCUCUCCCUUUGUAUAUGAAAAGUUUCUUUGGAUACAAAAAGGUGGAAAAUAAAUUGUGUUUGUAAUUAUUGUAAAAUAAAAACACAGGAGCUUGAAAGAAUUUUGGUUCCAAACAAUGUCAAUAAGAAGUAAAAGACAGUAUCCGUGAAAGUGGUGGAAUUCUAAAUAUUUUUGCUUGAAGUGUGUAUUUAACCUGACUGCACUUGUAAAUCUUUGCAAUACUUGCGGCUGCUUUUUUGUGCACAGUGUGUAUGUGUGUGUACGUGCGUAUGAACAUAGUAGUGAUAACGCAACGCCUGCUCACAAACCUAUAGACAGUAAGCGACAUACUGUAUUUUGUAAAGCAUUGUCUUUGUUACAUAGAGUGGUUGCAUCCAUUAACUCGAGUGUUUUCAGAUGUUUUGUUUGGGAAAUUAUAAAUAAAUGAGAACAAUUGUG